CGAAACGAAUUAAUCCCCAAUCAACACAGCAAGUCAGCAACAAGCAAAGCAGCGAUCCGAGAGAUGGACGCGAGGAUGUUCGGGCUGGAGAACCCCCUGGUGGCGGCGCUGCAUCACCUGCUGGACGUGCCCGAUGGCGACGCCGGAGCGGGCGGCGACAAGGCGGGCGGCGGCGCCACGCGCACCUACGUCCGCGACGCGCGCGCCAUGGCGGCCACCCCGGCCGACGUCAAGGAGCUCGCGGGAGCGUACGCGUUCGUGGUGGACAUGCCGGGGCUGAGCACGGGCGACAUCAGGGUGCAGGUGGAGGACGAGCGGGUUCUUGUGAUCAGCGGCGAGCGGCGCCGGGAGGAGCGCGAGGACGCCAAGUACCUGCGCAUGGAGCGGCGGAUGGGCAAGUUCAUGCGCAAGUUCGUGCUGCCGGACAACGCCGACGUGGACAAGGUCGCCGCCGUGUGCAGGGACGGCGUGCUCACGGUGACCGUCGAGAAGCUGCCCCCGCCGGAGCCCAAGAAGCCCAAGACCAUCGAGAUUAAGGUCGCCUGAGUGUAGACCGUUGUCGGAGCAGUGCCAGUGAGCUGGGUGGCAACCUGCGGGACUCUGGUGAGGAAGAGCAAAUGGUAGAAAGCAGUAGCUGUGCUUCUGAACAUUGUGUGUGUUUGUUUCCCUUGUUACCGCCAAUCAUCCUACCUGAUGUGUCGUCUGGGGUUUCGUUUGAACCAUGCUGGGUUUGGAGCUUUGUGAUGCAAAGCAGAAUGUCCUGAUGCUUUCUUUCUCCAUAGAAAAAAUCUCUCCUUUACCUG